AUGGCUCAGAAAGUUGAAUAUUAUGAGUUGAUGCGUGAUUCACUGCUUUUUGAGCCCUGGCUGACGGAGUACGAUGCACUUCUUGUCUGCAUUUUCUAUACACUGUUCCAUGGCUUCGUAGGUGACGUUUUAGACAUUCUAUGGCGUGUCAAACUGUUCCUUGCCAGUUCCAGAAUUACUCAAACAUCGUUCCGAGCCAUUCAGAUCGGCCAGGAUGUUGAAAGAAUUGGUGCAGAAGACUGCCAGCAGUCUCAUGUACAACUUAUAAAUCCAGCCUGCAAGAAUGUUGGCACGAUUUCGGGUGAAAACAAAGAUUCAAAUGACCUGAGCUUACCAACUUCCGCUCAUACUUACAGAUAUCGAUCAUCAGUGUUUGUUGGUGACAAGUGUACCUAUUUUGCUGGGGUGGCAUUGGCAGUAGUUGGAAUUCUUGGUCAUUUCAGGUAUGAUGCUUUCAAUUUUCUUCAGCUUCUAGAUGUUUGGAUGGCGCGAAGUUGUUCAGAGGUCCCAUCCUGUGGAUUCUGUUUUGGGCUUCGAUACCUCAUGGCUGGCUGGUACAAGUGA